AUGGAGCCUUUUAUCGGAAUGUUACUAACAAGUGUAGUUACAAUAUAUUCAGAUAUAUUUAACAAUGACGAUUCUGAUGAUGAAGAAGGCAGCGAAUUUCUUGAAAGACAAAUAUUUGACUUACACUGGAGAAUUAGAACAGAAAAAAAUAAGCCUAACCGAAUGAAAAUGUUCGUUGAACGUACAAUUGCAAACAGCACAGCUAUGGAAUUCCAAAGUCAUUUUCGUAUAUCUAUACAAGCAUUUGAAUGGUUGUACAACACCAUUGGACCUGAACUACAAAGUGUUCGAAUUAGUGGACGUCAAACAAUAGAUCCAAGAAAACAACUACUCUGUGUAUUAUGGCUAUUGGCAACUCCUGAUAGCUACAGAUCAGUUGGCAAUCGUUUUGACAUGGGAAAAUGUAGCGUUUUUGUUUCUUUUGUUAGAGUGAUUAAAGCCAUAAAUAGUUUGGCCCCUCGUAUCAUAACUUGGCCUUCUGGAAAUAGAGCUGCUCAAAAUGAGGACAAAUUCUAUCAUAUGGCAUAUAUUAAAGGAGUAGUAGGAGCUAUCGACGGUACAUAUGUGCCAAUUAAAGCACCCAUGAAGAACCCAGAAGUUUAUAUUAAUCGAAAGUGCUUCUAUGGUAUUACUCUUCAAUGCAUCUGUGACAGUUCUAUGAAAUUUACAGAUUGCUUUACAGGCUAUCCAAGCUCAGUUUCCGACGUAAGAAUUUUUAGAAAUUCUGAUAUUUAUAAAGAAUUCUUGGAACAUCCAAAUAAUUAUUUUGAGGACAACAAAUUUAUAAUUGGUGAUAAAGCUUAUCCCACGUAUACAUGGUGUGUUCCUCCAUAUAUUGAUGGAGGUCAUUUGACUGGAUGAUAAAUUAAUUUCAAUAAAGUACAUGCAAAAACAAGACAAGUUAUCGAACGUUCAUUUACAUUAUUAUUUGGAAGAUUUCGACGUCUAAAAUAUUUAGACAUGAAUAGGAUUGAUCUGAUUCCAGCAACAAUCGUCGCAGCUUGCGUACUUCAUAAUAUAUACGAAAGACCAACCUCGCAGAAUCGAAUUCACGAAGCCUUUCAGUCAGAGAACCUCAGACGAAACGAGGAACCACAGGUAACAGAACAAAUUCAUGGUGACAGCAUUGCCUCUACUAUUUCGGUAAGAAUACCAAAUCUAAUUGCAUAA